CAAAUAUCUGAAUAAAAAAAUGUAAUAAGCGAAUUAGAGGCACACUGAAAAACUGCGAUAAAAAGGUGACUUAAUGGGCUAUUGAUACUGUUCAGUUUCAAAUCAACGUAAGAUAAAUCCUACGUGUGAACUCAUGUUUUAUUCUAAUAGACAUACAUUAUCUUUGUUAGAGAUUUAAAAGAGAAAGAUAUAAAGAUAUAUAAGCAAACUACUACAUUGGCGCAGGUAUUAUAAGCGUGCAGAAACUUGCAAAACAGUAAAUGGAAAACCUACAUACUAUAACAGCGAUUAGCAAGCUGUUUAUUAAGUACAUACGUCGUAAUUCUCAUUAGAUAUAAUGAUUUCGGCUUUAUGUCCUUGGCCUAUUUUAUAUCGUGUUAUCUUACAUGCAACGAAAUUGACUUUAAGAUAUACGUCGAGAUGACAACAAUUCAAAAACACAGCUCCAAAGGCCGAAUAUUGUCAAAACUCUUCCGGGGCAAUGGUUCGAGGAGAUCAAAAUGCGUAUCUACGCCAGUAGGCUUCAACACCUGAACGUAGCCAAUAGGGUAACGUAAUCGGAGUGCUUCUUCAAGCAAAGAGCUGGGCCAAGGUCCUAUUAAAACGUUACGACUAACUUCAUGCAUCGAGAAGACAACUCUUUUUCGGUUGGAGAUUGAGACAACAAAAGCUCGCAUUGAUAUAGUACGGUGGCUGCAUAUUAAUUAUGUCAUCUGACGCCUCAAAGAAACGCGUUCAGUUCGAUAAGUCGGAAUAUGAAUUACGUAAAAGGCCUCCUCCACAAAUGCCUAGAUCUCCUAACCACGUCUACGUGAAUACCCGAACCGAAUUUAAACAUCAGUUCGAGCGAGCGAAAGAUGUGCUUCUUGGAGGGGGCAAGGAAGUUCAUAUACAUGGUAUUGGAGCAGCAGUCAACCGUGCAAUUAAUAUCGCUUUACAGGUUCAAUCACAUUUCGGAGAAGUAAUGGGAACAGAUGUACGAACCGGAACAAUAGAAGUCACAGACGAUCUCGAGCCACUUGCAAAUGAUGUUGAACCGCAAAGUCAAAAGCGAAAGGUUUCGACAAUCCAUAUUCGCGUGUUCCGCAAAUCAGAAAGCGCUACAACCUGAGGGGUUGGUCCGUAAAACUAGGCAUUUGCUGAUUUGUGCUGAAAUACUUUAUCAUCUUGGUGUUGUUGGUCUAAAAUGUUUGUUUGGGAUGUCUCGACAGAACCGUCUAGAAAAUUAAAAUCGUUCAAUGAAUCAACGAUAGUAUAUUCCUUACCCUGCAUGCUAUUUGAUUCAGCAGGACGGUCUCUGAAAGCGUCUCUAGACAGAUAUUGAUACAAGUAUGUCACUGUAGUUGACUUUUUCAAUAAACGUAAUGCCAAUAUGUAUGCUAAUUGUA